AAUAUCAUCACCAUCAUCAUUAGUUCUAGACUUUCUAGUUCUUACAACUAACAAAGAUGGAGAAAAACUGCGACUUGGAACUUCGUCUUUUUCCAACUUCUUGUAUUACCGAUUCAGAUAACUCUGUGGUAGAAUCAAGAAGCUCUGGAAAUUCAUUACCAAAAGAAGAAGAAACUCAGAGAUUAACAAUUUUCUACAAUGGAAAAAUGUGUGUGUAUUCAAAUGUUACUCAUCAUCAGGCUAAAUCGAUAAUAUCGAUGGCGAGCAGAGAAAUGGAAGAGAAGUUAUCUUCAAACGGGCCAGAUCCUCGAAACAGGUCGACCCGAUUAAAUAAUUAUCAUCAACAGCUUCCAAAUUCAAAGGCUUCUAUGAAAAGAUCUCUCCAAAGUUUUCUUCAGAAACGGCAAAUUAGACUUCAAGCCACUUCACCUUACCAUCAGCAUUCACGACGAUAGUGUUUUAAUUUUAUUUUUCUAUUUUUUCACAUUGUUAGCAGAUUUGUGUUUACUUGUAUUGUUCUUAUCUUGUUGUUAUUGAUUAGGGAUAUGUGCUCCCAAUACACACAUAUUAAUCCCAAGAUUGAUUUUACUUUGGUAUAACUUUGUUAACCUUGACAAUUGAACAGUACAUUAAUUUCUAAUCAAUGUUUUUGUGUG